AUGACGCAACUCGAUCUAGAACGCCAUUCUGUGAUGUUCCCGGUUUUAGUGCCAACGUCAAACGAUAUGGAUAGGACCCCGCGACAAUCACCGUUAGCAGCUGCAGCACCACUACCGGCCCGUACUGACUCCAAAUUCUCACUUGUCAGCACUGCGUCAUCUUCCACAGCGACUGGUUCGCCAUUCACCACUAAGACCAAAGAAUACAUGGACUCUUUACAACCUCCUUCACCAAGACAAUUCGAACGAAUUGCGUUCGUUCAGCAACAGCGCGAAGAAGAAACGAAGCGUAGAGAUCGCGAGCGCAGGCGUUGGUCUCGGGAAGUACAGCGUCAGCGCAAUAGAGCUGUCAGCAUGUCUACGGACGCCCAGGAGCAGGCGCAAGCUGCGCGCACUAUUCAAAAGACGUUUAGAGGAUAUCGCACAAGGAGAGAAUUGGAGGGAUUUGGCUUGGAUGCAGGCACACGAUGGGUUACUGCGAUACGAGAAGCCCAGUUCCGACAUGCAACACUACCGCGACCGAAAACAGCAUCCAACGACGGUACUUCUAACAACCAAGAAGCGGACGCUUCUCUAAAGCAUAACUCACCCAACGCUCGAGAGAAGUGGAAGAAGGCGAGCGCAAUCGCCCGACGAGCUGGUCAUGAUGAUCUCUUGUCCGAGUCAGAAUCCUCAGAAUCCUCUUCAGACGAAGAUGCAUCGCCCGAAGACCGAGCUGCUGCAAGAGCGCGGCGCGAGAAAGCUACUGCUGCUCGCAGACAUGAGGCGCGCAUGAUGGGUAUAAGAUACUUCCUUGAAAUGGUCGACCAGAAACACCGUUACGGAAGCAACUUGUGCCGAUACCACGAAGUAUGGAAAAAGACAGAUACACACGAGAACUACUUCUACUGGCUUGACUACGGCGAAGGUCGUAACGUUGAAGUAGACGGCUGUCCGCGUGAUAGACUUGAGCGAGAACAAGUUCGGUAUUUGUCUCGUGAGGAGCGCCAGUACUACCUUGUUGAAGUAGACAAUGAAGGAAGACUAUGCUGGGCGAAGAACGGCCAACGCAUUGAUACUACAAUACAGUUCAGGGACAGCAUGCUCGGCAUAGUGCCUGUAGACGACCCCACGCCAGUGUUUAACGCGGCAGCUCGACUCGAGGACUCUCAUCCUCUGGAAUCUACUGAUAGCUCCAGUUCCGAUUCAUCAACGGAGUCGCAACGAGAGGCAGACAGGGCAGCCAAAUACGCAACACCUGGGCUCGACAACAGCCAAGGGAUGCACAAGGUUUCACAGAUUUCGGCUUCCACCGUCUUCAAUAAGUUGAUGCGAAAAUCUGUCAGAAAGAACACAUGGAUAUUCGUUGCAGACACAAAUUUUCGAAUGUACGUGGGCAUAAAGGACUCGGGCGCUUUUCAGCAUUCUUCUUUCCUCCAGGGCAGUCGAAUAUCCUCAGCCGGCCUCAUCAAGAUCAAGAAUGGCCGGCUUUCGUCCAUCUCUCCCCUCAGUGGGCAUUACCGCCCUCCAGCUUCAAAUUUCCGUGCGUUUGUCCAUAGCUUGAAGCAAUCGGAAGUGGAUAUGAGCCACGUCUCCAUCUCCAAGUCAUAUGUGGUGCUCAUUGGCUUAGAGACAUACAUCAAGACAAAACGCAAGGGUAAGGACUUUGCGCAGCGCGUGGGACACAGGAAGGACAAGAUCGUGGCUCCUGAGGAGGCGGCACGCAGAGAAGAGGAAGAGAAGGAUAAGAGUCAAAGUGCGGCAAGAGAGCGAGAGGUCCUGCAACGGGAGGAGGCGGAGAAGCAGGAGGGAAGACCAGUGAAGAAGGUCUUGAAGAAGCUUGGUAUCAAGCCUACCAAGGAGGAAAAGCAGGCUGCAAAGAGAGAGGAGAAGGACGAUGUCGAGAAUAUGUACGUAUAA